AUGCGUUCGCCGGCGUCGGCGACGGCAGUGGACGAGACGCUGUUCAAGACCAUCGGCCUGCACCAGCUGCUGUGCCCGGCCAACCGCGGCGGUUACAGUGCCUGUUUUAGGCGCGCGCUGCUCAUCGUGCUCGGCCUGUCGUUCGCGCUUCACGCGUUCCAGGUGCCCUGGCUGUACUACGCGCUCAACGACCUGCAGCGGUUCGCGUACAUGGCCGCCGUCAUCAUAUACGGCAUGAUGUGCGCGUUCAAGGGCUACGUGCUGGUGACCAACGCCGACCGGUUGUGGUCCGUGCUGGGCGCGGCCGGUUACGCGUACACCGAGUGCGGGCGCCGCGACCCCAGCUGGCUGCGCCGGUGCGGGGUCACGCUGUCCGCGAUGCUCCGUUCGUUCGUCGCGCUCAGCUACGCCACGCUGAUCGUGUGGAUCGCGCUGCCGUUUUUCGUCGACGAGUUCACGGCCAUCAUCAACUUGGACGGCACCGUCACCCGGUACCGCACCACCAUCCACAACAUGCAGUUCCCCGUCCCGUUGGCCCUGUACAACUCGCGUCCCGUCUGGAUGCUCAUCUACUUCACCGAGGUGGCCGUGUGCAUCGUCAACGUGUUCAUAUGGUCCAUGUUCGACUGCUACCUGGUAACCAUGUGUUUCGUGCUCAACGCCCAGUUCCACACCAUGUCGGCCGGUUACGUGACGCUUGGCCGUCGUCGCGCCCGACCAUCGCCACCGGAAACGCCCGACACGAGUGUUCGAAUGAAAUUAAAUGAUGUGGAAUCGAAUCAUUACGAUGAUUUGAUUGGUCAUAUACAGGACAAUCAAAAAUUAAUCAAAGUGUAUGACGUAUUUUUUGAUGUCGUACGACCUGUUGUCCUAGUCCAGAUUGGUAACGGUUCAUAUUCAGUAAUAUCGUUGAUAUUCCUUAUCUCCCUAAUGUAUCUUAUGGGUAUUCCAGUUUUAUCAGCACCAUUUUUAAAAUUUAUUUGCGGAGUAAUAUCGCUUACUAUUGAGCUCUUUAUUUUUUGUUACGGAUUCAACCACAUUGAAACUGCGAAAUCUGUAAUAAAUUUCGGAUUAUACAGUAGCAACUGGACUGAAAUGGAUUUGAAAUUUAAAAAAUCUUUACUAUUGGCCAUGAAGAUGAAUUCCUCCCAUAAACGAGUGAUGAAAAUUUCACCUAAUUCCGCUGUCGGUCUAGAAAUGUUUGCUAGAGUGAUGAAUAUGUCAUACUCUAUAGUUUCAGUACUACUAAACUCAAGAUCUUAAAAACUUAGUGUAGAACACAAAUUAUCA